AUGGGCAGUGCCAGCCCAGGCCUGAGCGACAUGGCCCCCGGCUGCCUGCUGCUACCCCCUGAUACCCUGCUACGGACGGGCCUGGAGAAGAUGGCAGCGGGGGUGGUGGGCCCUGAGAAGCGGGGCUGGAGCCCCAGCCCACCUGCCACGCCUGAGCAGGGCCUAUCUGCCUUUUACCUCUCCUACUUCGACAUGCUGUGCCCGGAGGAUGGCAGCUGGGGGGCCAAGGGCCCCUUGCUGAACACGGCCCGGGAGGAACCAGCAGAUGAGCCUGAGCAGUGCCCUGUCAUUGACAGCCAGGCCUCGGCGGGCAGCCUGGAUGUGGUGCCUGGCGGCCUGGCCCUGGAGGAGCACUCGCUGGAGCAGGUGCAGUCCAUGGUGGUGGGUGAGGUGCUCAAGGACAUCGAGACAGCCUGCAAGCUGCUCAACAUCACUGCCGACCCCGGGGACUGGAGCCCUAGCAACGUUCAGAAGUGGCUACUGUGGACAGAGCACCAGUACCGGCUGCCCCCUGCAGGCAAGGCCUUCCAGGAACUGGGGGGCAAAGAGCUGUGUGACCUGUCUGAGGAGCAGUUCCUCCAGCGCUCGCCCCUGGGUGGGGAGGUGCUGCAUGCCCACCUGGACAUCUGGAAAUCAGCGGCCUGCAUGAAGGAGAGGACCUCGCCUGGGGCCAUUCAUUACUGUGCCUCCACCAGCGAGGAGAGCUGGACAGACAGCGAGGUGGACUCAUCGUGUUCCGGGCAGCCCAUCCACCUGUGGCAGUUCCUGAAGGAGCUGCUGCUCAAGCCGCACAGCUACGGCCGCUUCAUCCGCUGGCUCAACCAGGAAAAGGGCAUCUUCAAAAUUGAGGACUCUGCUCAGGUGGCCCGGCUGUGGGGCAUCCGCAAGAACCGGCCUGCCAUGAACUAUGACAAGCUGAGCCGCUCCAUCCGCCAGUAUUACAAGAAAGGCAUCAUCCGCAAGCCAGACAUCUCCCAGCGCCUUGUCUAUCAAUUUGUGCACCCCAUCUGAGGGCUGAGAGAGCCCUCCCUCCUGCCC